AUGACGAUUGAAGGUAUUCAAGCAAGAGAAUUGGUCUCUAUGUGGAACCAAUAUGUGGAGAGGUUUUGCCACGAUCGCAUCGACUCCAUGAGGUUGCCAACUACUGAUUUGGAGAGCAUUACUUCUCCACCAAUCGUUGUCGCCGCUGCCGAGCUAAUUGUAGCUCCGAUUUCACCACCGUCCGCCAACGUCCUCAUCGCAUCAACGAAGGCCGCAGCUGAAGAGCUAACCCUAGCUUCUUUCCCACUGUCGAUAAUGCUAGAAGUUUCACCACCAAUUCCCCCAUUGCAUACAAAUGAUAAGGUUUCUUCCGACAAGUCGUUGCCGUUUGUUGUGGGCUCCGUGACCCAUCGAUCAUCGCCAACGGAUCGUCCAUGA